GCCUUCUAAUCCUCGAGGCCACACCCGACCCGAUAGCAAGAAACAAGCAACGAAGUUUCUGUUUCGAGCAAGGAGCGGUAGAGAUUUCAAACGAGAGGUUGUCAGUUAACCCGAGAGUUGAGGAGCUGAAAGAAAAUGGCGACGACCAAGCUGUCCCCGCUCUCGCCCGUGCGGCCGGACGACAAGCGGCGCGCGCCGGCGGCGUCGGUCGUGCUGAAGGUGCAGGACAGCUCGGCGGCCGAGGCGUACGAGCAGUACCUGCGGCUGCCGGAGCUGUCGAGGCUGUGGAAGGCCGCGUGCUGCCCGGGCUGGCCCGACGAGGGCCUGGUCAAGCCCGCGCUGCAGGCGCUGGAGAUCACCUUCCGCUUCGUCUCCGUCGCGCUCUCCGACCCGCGGGGCUACGCCAGCCGCCGCGAGCUGGCGCGGCGGCUCGAGUUGCUCGCCGCGCGGGAGGUGGAGGUGGUGGCCGCGCUCUGCGAGGGGGACCGCGGCGCGCCGCUGGCCGAGCUCAGCGCGUCCGAGGGCGUGCUCCCCCGGGAGCGGAGUGCCUCGGAGGUGUGGCAGCUGCCGGGGAGCGCGGCUGCGGUGGUGUGCCAUGCCAGUGAGGCCAGCUUGCUCCCGCGCCUCGCCGCGUGGGACAAGUCCGAGACCCUGGCGGCCAAGAUCAAGUACGCCAUCGAGAGCCAGAUGCAGGGCUGCGCCUUCUCCCUCGGCCUCGGCGAGCCCAACCUCGCCGGCAAGCCGGUGCUGGAGUACGACCGCGUCGUGCAGCCGCACGAGCUGCACGCCCUCAAGCCCAGGGUGGCGCCGGAGGCCAAGACCGGCUACCGCAACCGGGAGAACGAGGCGCUGUUCACCAUCCACCAGAUUCUUGAGUCCUGGCUGUGCGCUGCGUCUCAGCUUCUCACCCGCCUGAACAGCCGGAUCGAAGCGAAGGACUGGGAGGCGGCGGCGAGCGACUGCUGGAUCCUGGAGCGGAUCUGGAAGCUGCUCGCCGACAUCGAGGACCUGCACCUGCUCAUGGACCCGGACGACUUCCUGCGGCUCAAAAGCCAGCUCGCGAUACGGCCGGCGCCGGACGGCACCGACGCGUCCUUCUGCUUCCGGUCCAGAGCGCUGCUGCACGCCGCGAACGCCACGAGGGACAUCAAGAAGCUGGUGCCGUGGGUGAUCGGCGUGGAGGCGGACCCCAAUGGCGGGCCGAGGGUGCAGGAGGCGGCCAUGAGGCUGUACCACGGCCGGAGGCGCGGCGAGGGCGAGGAAGCCGGCAAGAUCGAGCUGCUGCAGGCUUUCCAGGCCGUGGAGGCGGCCGUGCGGAGGUUCUUCUUCGCGUACCGGCAGGUCGUGGCGGCGGUGUGUGGCACGGCGGAGGCGUCGGGCAACCGGGCGCUGUUCGUGCCGGCGGAGGGGACGGACCCGCUGUCGCAGAUGUUCCUGGAGCCGCCCUACUUCCCCAGCCUCGACGCCGCCAAGACGUUCUUGGCCGACUACUGGGUUCAGCACAUGGCCGCCGCCUCUGUUCCGUCAGGGCGCAGCUGAAGGUUUGAAACGCCGAAAUACCGCGGCUAGAUGGGUUGCCACUUGCCACGCCGACGACCCGUGAUUUUGCAGGCUUAGAAGUUACCUAUGAUCCCCAGCCUGCAAUCCUACAGUGAUUCAUUUCAGUGGUGAUAGAUGAGUACAUAUACUCAUACAUGUGUGUGUUGUGACUUGUGAUGCCAUCUGUUCUAGUGUCCUAUUACAGAGUAUUUAACGGAGAGACAUUCAAUUAGAUCAAGUAGCCUGAUGUAAUUUCAUUUGCGGUUCGUUUAAUGUAAAUACAUUUUUGUCA